AUGGGUCAAACCAACGAGGAUGUCGAGGCUAGCAAGACUGAGAUCCCCUCAGAACACCAGUACAGAGAUGCCACACUCCCGACAUGGCGGUUUUGGGUUCUCAGUGUUGGGCUCUGCCUUGGAUUGUUCCUUUCAAUGUUGGACGCUUCCAUUGUAGCAACGAGCCUGUACACAAUCGGUGCAGAGUUUGAGUCGGUAGACCUCAUCAACUGGGUUGCUCUGGCUUACACCCUUACCUACUUGAGUUGUGCUGUCCUGAUUGCGCGAGUAUCCGACAUUGUGGGCCGACGAAAUGCUUUCCUCGCGAGCUUCAUCAUAUUUUUUGCCUUCUCACUAGGCUGCGGCUUCUCCCAGAACCUGGAACAGUUGGUGGCAUGCCGCGCCUUGCAAGGGCUGGGAGGAUCAGGUCUGUACUCCAUCACAAUGAUAAUAUUCCCAGAGGUCGCACCGAAGCACUUGCUGCAGUACAUUUCCAGCCUUGUGGGCAUGGUUAUUGCAAGUGCUGGCGUGCUAGGGCCGGUCUUGGGAGGUAUUCUUACCCAUUAUGCCUCCUGGCGUUGGAUAUUUUGGAUAAAUGGCCCCAUUGGCUUCGUCUCGCUACUUGUUUUUUACUCAACGUGGCCCGAUGCCAGGCACCUGCCCACUCUACAACAUAGGACGUGGAAGGAGUUAGACUUUGUGGGGUCUAUUCUCCUCGUCACCGCCUCGGUACUUGUUGUAUUUUCAUUCCAGAACGCCGGAACAGACGGCAAUAAGUGGUCACAAGCCAUAUUUGUCGUUCCCGUCACUAUUGGCGGGAUAUGCUUCAUUCUGCUGCUGGGCUGGGAGACACUUGUCUUCAAGAUUUGGAACAGCCGCAUCAUGGCCGCCAUCCCGAUCCGUCUACUACGCAACCGCGUGUACGUUGCCACCAUCUUUAACACGAUGUUUCUGGGGUUUCCGUAUCUUCUUGUCAUCUACGCCUUCCCUAUCUAUUUACAGGUCGUCCACGGUAAGAGCUCGUUACUAGCGGGUAUACUUUUGCUCCCGAUGCUUGGAUCUGUUGCACUGGGCACCACGCUUGGCGGGAUUGCCAAUAAGACCAAAAAUCGGCUUUUCGAGACCACGGCAGUAGCUAGCUGCUUCAUGACCCUUGGGUGUGGUUUGAUGACAACAUUGUCUUCGUCUGCUAAUCUGGAACCUAAAGCACUUGGCUUCCUUACGUUCAUCGGCUUCGGCUUUGGCUUGUCCGCCACUUCUUCUACCGUGUUGGGAGCAACAGAGUCGGAAAUUUCAGACCACGGUGAAGCUCCUGCACAGGGAAUCAUAGCACAGGUCCGGAUUCUCGGUGGCAGCUUGGGUAUAGCGGCGUCAACGGCCAUCCUAGGCACCUUCAUACGGAGCGACCUGGCUGGCGUAGUCAGCCCGGAGCAACUGUCAUCGUUACACGGAGCGGGGAUGAACCUGACGGAGGCGCAAGCCACGUCCGUCCGCCAAGCAUAUACGGACUCUUUCCGGAAAGACAUGCAUGUCGGGACGAUACUGUCGGGCAUAGCGAUCCUCUUUAGCCUAGGAGUCUAUCGCCGAAACAGAAUCACAUUCGAGGAGCAACGACAGAUGCACAUCAAUAUUGAGGUGGAAAGACGUCGGAGAGUAUCAGCGGCGACAACGCUGGUAUCUUCUAACGCAACGGAUUAA